AUGUCACAGGAUAAACCUGACUCUCACAUAAACUACAAUGACGCUAUAGAAUACUGGAGCCAGACUCCUGCCACCGUAAAUGGUGUGCUUGGUGGAUACGGUGAACAGACGGUAGUUCCCACUAUGGACGUACUGGGAUCUAGUCAUUUUUUAAGAAAAUUGAAAUCAAGAAUGGUUGUUGAACCUGGCUAUAAGAAAAUUAGUGCUGAUAUUGGUGCUGGUAUUGGAAGAGUUACUAAAAACUUUUUAUCCAAACAUUGUGAUGUCGUGGAUCUAGUGGAACCUGUUGGACCAUUUGUAGAUCAAAUGCAAACUGAAUUGAAAGAAUUGAUUCAAGAAAAUAAAAUUGGUCAAAUCUAUGAUGUGGGUAUGCAAGACUGGAAUCCACAAGAUGGUAAAUACUGGCUUAUCUGGUGUCAAUGGUGUGUCGGACAUUUGCCAGAUGAAGAAUUGAUUGAGUUCUUUAAAAGGUGUAUCAAAGGUUUGCAACCGAACGGUACCAUCAUAGUCAAGGAGAACAACACGCCAACAGAUUGUGACGACUUCGAUCCUGAGGAUUCAUCGGUGACAAGGUCUGAUAGUAAGUUGAAACAAGUCUUUGAACAGAGCGGAUUGAAAUUAAUCGCUACAGAUAGACAGAAGGGACUGCCACAAGAAUUGUAUCCUGUGAGGAUGUAUGCUCUUAAGCCAAAGAACUGA